CACAGAUUAUGCUGGGCCUAUCCUGAUAUUGAAUAGAAAAGGUCGCGGCGCUCAACUAAUAAAGGCAUACAUAGUUGUGUUUGUCUGUCUGGCUGUGAGAGCAGUACACCUCGAGCUCGUCACCGAUCUGACGUCUCAAGGUUUCAUUGCCGCUUUAAAUCGAUUUAUUGCCCGCAGAGGUAAGCCGGCAACUUUACUUUCAGAUAACGGUACCCAGUACGUAGGAUCAUGUAAUGAACUAGCUAAAUUUCUAAAGGAAAACAGUAAUGACAUAACUGCUUACUCUGCUGAAAACGAAAUAAAGUUCAAAUUCGCCCCAGCUUACAGUCCAAAUUUCAACGGUUUGUCAGAAGGAUCGGUCAAGUCUGUAAAAUAUCACUUGAAACGCGUUCUAUCUAUGACUAAUUUAGACUACGAACACAUGAAUUCGGCCUUGGUUCAUAUAGAGGGGACGCUUAACUCUAGGCCUCUCACUCCUCUUUCUUCUGAUCCUUCAGAACUAGCUCCCUUAUGUCCAGCACAUUUCUUAAUUGGACGAACGAUCACAUUGCCACCUGCACCCCAGGUGGAAGAAACUCGACCACUUACGACGCUCUCCAAAUACAUGAGAGUACAACAGCUUAAGGCUCAUUUUUGGAAAAGAUACUCAAAAGAAUACAUUUCAGAGCUCCAGUCCCGCAGCAAGUGGCGCACUCAAGGUGCGCAUCCACAACUGGGCGAGAUGGUCAUCAUCAAGGAUGACCGCCUACCACCGAACCGAUGGCUGCUCGGACGAGUCACGGCCGUCCACCCGGGCAGCGACGGCGUCAACCGCGUCGCCGACAUCCUCACCACUACUGGGACCCUGCGCCGGGCAUACAACCGGCUCUGCCCACUUCCAUCAACGUUGGAUCAGGCAGCUCCUGACCCAAGGGGGCCAGCCUGUUGACGCGCCAUCUAUGUGUGCGUGCGCACACAGACACCACCCGAUCUACGCGGUGCCGCAAGCGCCGGCCCGCCGCAUUCUCCGAUCCGUAAC